AUGAAAGCCACACAGCCUUCGCCCAAGCAGCGGAGUGACGACGAGAGAGGAGGGGGGGAGGAAGGAAGCGGGUGCGCGAGCCGGCCGCACGCAGAGCCGAGCCCACGAGCGCAAGGGGAAUCGACCCCCGCCCCACCCGCUGAGAGCCGAGGGGCCGGGCGCUCCCUGCACCUGCUGCCACCUCGGGGGCGGGCGGAGCGGGGCCGGAGGGCAGAGGCCGAGCGGCACCCUCCGACCUCGCCGGGGCCCCCAAACCCAGCCCUGUCCUUCCGGUCCCAGAGCGCACACCGAUCCCCGCACCCUGGGCCCGGAACGGCCGGCGGGGCGCGGGCCGGACCACCGCCGCGGGGCGCCGGCUGGGGCGGGGGCUGGCCUUGCAGCGCUCGGGGGCGGCGGCGCGAGUCUGCCCCGCGGGCCGCGCGCGUGGAGGGGCCGCCGCCAGCACUCACCUGCCCGCUUGCCCCUUCGCGCAGCGGCGCCACACUCCGGCCGGGACCCACCGUCCGCCUCAACCAAGCCCCAGGCGGCGGCGGUGGCGGCGGCGGCGGCGGCGGCCGGACGGGAGGGGCGGGACGGCUGCCUGAGACUGCCCCGCCGCCACGGCACAACCCGGCUCCGCCCGCCCCGGGCCCCGCCCCUGGGCCGCCGCCGCCGUCGCCCAUUGGCCCGAGGCUCGGACGCAUGGGCGCGGCCCCGCCCUGCCGCCCCCAACCGUUCCUCUCGGGUUCCGCCCAGCCAUUGGGCCUGCUGGCUGCUGGGCCUGAGCGGCUGGCUUGGCCCCCGCCAGCUUCCGGGCCAUAA